CCGAGGCAUGCCGGGAUGAGUUUUAUAGGGACUGCUCUUUCUCUGCCUGGUGAGUCAGAGAGGAUCAAUGCCCAAACCCAUCUGCAGUUCGAGAGAAAACACACGACCAUCCAGAGCAGCUCCGACAGAGACACACAGAGAGGCAGGAGCACAGAGGAAGAAUAUGAUGACGAUGAUGAUGCCGUCAGGCUUGGAUGACAUGACUAAGCAGAGGAUGAUGCAGGCUAAGGCUCUGUGUAAUGAGGCCAGAGGAGGGGGUCUGAACCUCGGGAAGAAGAUCAGCGUCCCAAAGGAUGUGAUGAUGGAGGAGCUCAACCUUGAAUCUAAUCGAGGCUCUCGCAUGUUUCAGGAGAGACAGAAGAGGGUCGAGAGGUUCACACUGGAGAAUGCUGCCAAUGUUGCUUACAACCCCAACAAUGUCUAUGCAGAGGCUGUCCCUCCCCCACAGAUCAUUCAAGAGCCCCAGGGGGGAAAAGAGAACAAAACUUUCUCGGUCACUGGUAAGCACAGCCUGGUCAUGAACCUUCAGAAGACUGUAGCAAAGAAGGGCAGUCCCGACGUCCUCGCUCCAGGAUAUUCUGGCCCUCUGAAGGGAGUUCCUCAUGAGAAGUUCAACACAACAGUAAUCCCCAAAUCCUACACUUCCCCAUGGCACAACGCUUUGGGAAACAACGUAGAGCUUCUUAACGCCAUCAACACCCAGCUGCCCGAGCUCCCACAAAAACCUCAGCCUUCAGACUACAGGUGCUUCAACAGAUCUGCCAGGCCGUUCGGGGGUGCAAUGGUCAGCCAGAGGGUGAUCCCAGUGAUCAGAUUUGAGGCCGUGGAAUCCCAGCAGCUGCCCGGCGUCGCUCUGGACCGCAUGUGCCGACGGCCCAACUUCAACAGAGCCCCCAGGGGAUGGGGAACCGAUUACUACCCUGAAUCUAAUGAACUAUGAGAAGGAAGCUCAUCAGCUGAGAGACUGAAGCACUGACCCCCGCUUGCUGCUCUCUUCCUACAAAGUUGAUCCCCGUUAAUCAGCGGGCACAACAGGGGAGAGAAAAACACUCCUGCAUGAUAAAUAAAGAGCUUUGCUGCUGCUGAGAGGUCUGACUA